AUGGAUACGGUUCGAUUGUUCUUAGGCGUAGCUGCAGCAAAGGGAUGGGAUGUUCAACAGAUGGACGUCCAUAACGCCUUUCUCCAUGGUGAUCUCAACGAGGAGGUUUACAUGAAGUUGCCUCCAGGAUUCAAGACAGCAGAUCCAACAAAGGUGUGCAAACUUCGAAAAUCUCUUUACGGUCUCAAACAAGCACCGCGCUGCUGGUUCGCCAAACUGAGUACUGCUUUGAAAGAGUAUGGUUUUAAACAGUCUCUCUCUGAUUACUCACUUUUCACUUAUGAGCGACGAAGUGUCAAGGUGAAUUUGUUGGUUUAUGUUGAUGAUCUGAUUAUCUCAAGUAACACGGCAAAAUCUAUGAAGUUUUUCAAGGCCUACUUGUCAUCUUGCUUUCACAUGAAGGAUCUUGGUCAACUUAAGUACUUUUUGGGGAUUGAGGUGGCCAGAAACUCAACCGGCUUUUACUUGUGUCAACGCAAGUACACAUUGGACAUUAUCAAUGAGGUGGGGUUGCUUGAUGCUAAACCGUCGACAUUUCCGCUAGAACAGAAUCACAAGCUAGCUUUAUCCACCUCUCCAAUACUUAGUGAUCCCGAGCGUUACCGCAGAUUGAUUGGGCGUCUUAUCUACUUAGCGGUAACGCGUCCUGAACUCUCCUACUCUGUUCAUAUUAUGGCUCAGUUUAUGCAAGUGCCGCGACAAGCUCACUGGGAUGCGGCAUUACGCAUAGUUCGUUAUCUGAAACACAAUCCAGGACAAGGGAUUUUGUUGAAAAGCUGCUCAGAUUUAAAGAUUAGAGGAUGGUGUGACUCGGACUAUGCUGGUUGUCCUCUAUCAAGGAAGUCUCUUACUGGCUACUUUGUACAAUUUGGUGAUUCUCCAAUUGCUUGGAAAACCAAGAAACAGAAAACAGUGAGUCGGUCUUCUGCAGAAGCUGAGUACCGUGCAAUGGCUCAUCUCACCUCUCAGCUUAUCUGGAUGAAGAGAAUUCUUAUUACACUUGGAGUUCCUCAUCCCGAACCAAUGUCACUGUAUUGCGACAGUAAAGCGGCGAUCCACAUCGCUACUAAUCGAGUGUUCCAUGAAAGGACAAAACACAUUGAAGUUGACUGUCACUUUGUGCGUGAUGAGCUCCUAAAAGGUACCUUGCAAGCUACACAUGUCUCUACACAUUUACAAUUAGCUGACAUUUUGACAAAAGCGUUGGGUCGGCGAGAAUUUGUAGAAUUUCUUGGCAAGUUGGGCAUUAUGGACCUUCAUACUCCAACUUGA